AUGGUCUUCGUGGUAUUUCAUACAUUUAUACAUUUUAUGAUGACUUGUGGAACCAUGUGGGCCAUGAUUAUAAGGGUACUGCUUAUUAAUCAGUCACUAUGGCAUCAAGGUUUUAUAUGUCUGUAAGUGUAGAAUGCUGCAUGAAACACAUGAAGUGAUUAUGUGAAAUACAAUUCCUGGCCACAAGCAAACUUGAGCAUAUAAUUAGUCAGAUUGAUCAUCGCCAUGCCUGCAAAGCAGAUAUAAUUACAGACAAACUUUAAAGUGUCAUCAGUGUAGCACAAUUCACAAGAUCUCAUAGGCUUCACCAGGGCACGAAGCUGAUCUCCCCUCACCACUGUAAGUAUUUAACAACAUACUCUUAUUUGCAUAGUUGCUUUUCUUCAGUAAAGUUGGGUCUGGAGGACAUGUUAUCAACAAUCUAUCAGCAUUUACCAUCUCCUUUUGUCUUGAGAUCAAAUCCUGGACUGGACCUGAACGUCGGACUGCUACCAACUGAGUUCAUUCCUAAGCUAGCACAAUAUGGUGGUAAAUCUUCAAAAUGCCACUUUAAAAUCACAUAAAGAUGCUGACUGCCGCAACUCAUCCGUCAACAUGGAACAAAAGCAGAAAUCAACAGAAACACCCUUUCGUUUCGACUGGGCGCAUGCUCAUUGCCGACAAACGGUCAGCCUGCAGCGUCCGUGUCACCAUGACAACCGCCGAGCUUCCUCACGAGCCCUCUCUGAGGGCGGCGUUCUCCGUGCUUUGAUUGGUCCAAAGGGGCAACAGGUGCAAAAUGGAGGCUGAAGCUGUGAGUUGUUGUUCAGAAAUGGAAAAGAAUGUUUUCUCUGCAUUUCCUCCGUUAGAUUCUUCCAAAGCUUUCUGAACGUCUCUGCAGCAUGUUCAAGAACGAGUAUCAGGGAGGACCAUUUGUAGAAAUCUUCAGCUCACAAGGUAAAGAUCCAGUUGCAAAAUGGAAGCUUUGUGGCAGUCCAGCGGUCCAAAAAGUUUUUGAUAAAGAAGUGAAAAGCUAUGUUUAUAUACUGGAAGGCAGCAGUCAGAGAAACAAGAUGCAAUUGCCGAAGGACAGCAAACAGUCACUUGGUCUUAUCCAGCGGUUCCUUGUGUUGCAGCUUUGUGUGCCUGUGGGACAAGACUUCUCUACAGAAUUGCUAAUUACUGAUUUGGGAAAUAUCAAGCGACGACUGUAUUUAUCAACUAUCCAUAAGGAGUUGUCUGCAACCCCACUACAUGCAAAAAUACCAUUGGGUAUUAUCAAACGUAAAAUCUGGAGCAAUGUUUGUAUUGAUAUGGUGUCAUUUGCCAAUGCUGCAUUUAAAGGAGCAGGUUUCCAGUCCUUAGACAGGAUUGUUGUCUCAGCCAACUGUAAAUUAAGGAAAAUAUUUACUAUGAAACUGCAGCCACUGGAUACUACUUUCAAGAAUGAUGUAUAUUCUUUACAGUGUUUGACUGAUGGACCCACCGACGUAAUUCCAAAAUGCUGUCAGCUAGGCAUUGAGGUAGACCAAGUAACACAGCUCCUGAAUGUGGUAAAAUUGAAACAGGGAGAAUUAAGGCUUGGAAACCAACCCUCCACUUCAACAGAUUUGGACCAACAGACCAAUGGUGCAACAGCCAGUGUACGUAGUGUUAGAAGCCAAGAUGUUUCUCACAUUGCUUUUGGAUCAAAAGUACUUGGACCACCUCCAACCAGUGGCAGAAAAGCUGGGACAACAGGAUCUAAAGAUUUGUCUGUCUUGAUGGAUAACAAAACAGCUAGAUCCUCCUAUCAACCUCAUUAUAAUAAAGAUGCCAUAUCAGAAAGAUUGACUGGCAGAUCAGAAAGACGGACUUCAAUUCGACCAGAACCAGCUAACCACAUAAACGAAGAAAAUAUUUGCUUCACAAAGCAAACAUCUGAAGCUGUUUCUUUGGCUAAACCAAAAGAUGAGAUUGAAGUUUUGUCAGAAGCUGAUCAAAUUGAACAGCCUCGAUCUCCACAAGAACCAUCUUCUGACAGGAGAAAUCAUAGAAAAUUACAUUUACGGCUGAGUGACAUGGCAAAGAAUGGCCCAAUUGAUGAUCAAUGGCACUUUCCUGACCACUCUGAGAGCAGUUUACAAUUCAUUUCCCCUCAACAGUCCAUAUCUUACCCAGAACGUUCCAGAAACACUUCAAAUUUACAAAUAAAUAAGAACAAGAAAGAAAAUGAAAGCAGGUCAGCAUCUCUAAGUGAAGAUGAUGAAAAAGAUGAUGAAUUAAAAUUGAAGGAUAUAUUUACAUUUUCAUCACAACCAAGGUCAGCUCCUCGUGGCAAGAUGCAGACAGCUUCAUCAGAAUGUUUCACGUGGACAGUAGAUAUGAAGGAUGAUGGAGAACCAGAAAAUCCAGCGAAAAGAGGAGCCCAUCUGGAGGAUGAUUUCCAUCAAAAUUAUGACAGUGAAGAGCCAGUCAAUCAAGGCCAUCACUACCAGAAUGAAAUGCUUUUGACUCUGUCUCAGAAAAAAAUGAACCCACUUCUUCUUUCGAAUCCACGAGACUGGGGUAAUAUUUACAGUCCCCCCAUCAUUCUGCCCAGUGAACAACUGAAAGAUCUGAAAACUGCCCUUUCACCCAGACAACCUGCAGUUCAUCAGGAUAUCGGAAAUCAUACUGCAAAUAAUGCUGAAGAUCAAGAUGAAGUACUGGAUCUGUUGUAUGAUCCUUGUUUGAAUUGUUACUUUGAUCCAAAAACAGGGAAGUACUAUGAACUAGCAUGAGUCAAAGAUUGAGACUUUUGAAGCAACACUGUUGAAUAGCUGCAACUUGGAUUUUACAAGGGCUUCAACAGCAUUUCAUUUCAAAGACACCCCUGGCAUUCAUAAAGUCAGAUAAAAAUACUUCAAUCCAAAAGAAGAGUGAAUGAUGUGGAAAUGAAUGUAACCAUCUUCUGAGGUCUGCCAUAACAUUUCAGCACACGUUAUUUUUAAUUAUCAAGCAUUGUAAUGGGACAGAUUCCAAUGUUCUAUACAUGUUUCUUCUUCUUAAUGUGUUCUCGAAUGCUUGUUGGUAUUUUUGCAUGCAUUUGCUGUCUAAUUUGAACAAUGUUUUAUUUUGAAACGAGGAAAUAUAUUAACAAUUAACAGGUUAUUGCAUUGUAACUAAAUUUGUAUAAUUUAAAAAUGAAUUUCAUUGAUAUCAUUGCUGCAGAGAGAAAAAACUUUGAAUCUUGGGCAAUUUUCAGAGGCUGGUGAAACUGAUGUGGCUGGGUUUGUAAUUCCAUGCCGGUUUACUGACCACCAUCAUGCACUGAAGCCACUGACAGGAAGCCUGGAUCAGUGAGGCAUUUGUUAGGUUAAUUAAGAAUCAAAUGAUCAGAUGCCAAUUUCCUGUCAGCCUUCAGCCCAAUGCAGCAUUAGGAACAUAACAGAUGCCUGAAUGAGGCUACCUAGCAGCAGACCAUGGGACCUACACUGCAGGAUUACCGCAGAUGUCCUCUUCUACAACAGUUGUCUAGUAGCUAUGGCCUUUUUUUUUAUUUUUAAGUAUUUUGGAAGUGCUCAGCCCCCUCCCUUAACUGCACUGGCCAAUUCAGCCAAAACCACUGUUGGUUGACUGGCCCUUCACAGUGUAACGUGAGGACACUUACUGGAUCCUGAUGUCAGGGUCAGGACCCUGACUUUAAGUUGACAAAAAUAUAAAUUGAGCAAGUAAUUUUCCUUAAGGUGCCAAAGUAUAAAAUUAAUUGGUUUCAUUAAUCAGUAAUGCAUAUAAAAAGGGAAAUAUGUGCGCACUUACCUGGAGUACUGCCCAAAUUCUUGUUGUGCUAAGUAGGCAAAUAUAUUCUAAGAUUAAUUCUAAACAGAUUUUCAUCUCUUGUUAAGCAACCCUACUGGAAAGCUUCCAAAUGUAAAUAGUAGCAAUUGCAAAACUAGCAUCAUGCUGGAAAUCACUGCAAAAUGGUCAUCAACAAGUGACUGCACAUUCAGUGAUUUUGCCUGAGGUCCACUCAAAAUGCACUUUCAUUGGCUGAAAGCCAACACAUUGCAAUCACCAAUUGGGCUCCUAUUGCAGCUCACAAGGGUUGGGGCCUGAAGCAAUUUGACUGACACCGAUGCUAAACUAAUCUGCCUGUAAAGUGUGCUGAGCUGGAGAGAUUAAGCCUCUCAAAAGCUUCUCCUAUGAAUCAAAUUUAUUGAAAAAAUAGCUUCCCUAAUAUGAGGAUGGUGCCAGGAGUGACUUUAACUGGUUAACUGCUGAAGACCCUGAUUAUGUGGAUAAAGGAGAUAAGUUCCUAAAAUAAGCAAAAUAACAUUAACUUGCUUAAUUAACAUGCCAAAUCCAUGACUUUGAUGAAUACACUUGAGAGUUAACAGCCUCAAGUCAGGUACAACAAU